AUGAGGAAUAGAAGAGCUACAAAGGCACAGAAGGUCAUUGCGAGCAGUGUCCAAGUUGAGAAGAGUGAAGCUGAUACCUUAGAAGUGCAUGUAAAAGAAGAGUUAAUCUUGCCUGAGGAAAAAGGUAUUGAUAAUAUUCCGACCUCCAUAGUAUACCACAGGCAUGAAUACAAGUGCCAGACGGUAGCCACUCAACCAGAGGAAACUCAUAAACGGGUAACAGUUGCAAAAAGCAAGAAGAAGACCACGACGGUGAAAGUGAAGAAGGAAACUUGCUUAGAAGAGCCGCAAGGUUUAAUUUGA